AUGGAUGAAAUUCUUAGCAUACAGUCAGAAAUUCGCUACGAACUUAAUGCCAUUGAAAUAGACAAGUGUAAAAAUGUUGGUAUAACAAAUAUAAUGAAAGGUUGGAAAUAUCAAUAUCCAGGUCAAAGUUCAACACUAGAAAACGCAGGAUGGCUAUAUAUUACAGAAAUAAAUAAAUUAGUGAACGCUGAAGGUUAUUUUGAUAUUUCUAUAUCUUUAAGCAUGAUACUUGGCUUUGCUGAGGACUAUCGUAAAGUUGUAGUAAAUGCAAAGCAUAUAUUCAUCCUCACGAGAUCGAGAAAUUACUUAUAUGCAGUCGUACAAACAGUUGCUAAUGAUGUUUACGAAGACUUUAAAAUUACAUUGACUCGAAUAGAAUGGCUCAUGCCUUACGAAAGUGCAUCAGACAGACUAAAAAUUCGUCUGCUUAAUAUUAUUGCAAAAGAUAAGCCAAUUUCCAUGAGUUCUCGCAAUUGGGAGUUUUAUGAAUAUCUCCUUCUUCCAAUAACUAUGAAACAUGUUUGGAACGUAAAAACAUCAAAUCAACUGGAAAAGCUGCAUUUUGUUGUUUUAGGCUUUCAACGAAUCGUAAAGUACUACCUCUAUGGAAAUCUCAAUCUCAACAUUAAUCAUAAUUAA